UACCCGUUUGUCCUCCGCGUUCCUGCUAGGUCUGUCCUCGCCGACCCUGAUCUUCCGCCCCGUUAGCCUGGACGCCGGCCCCGCCUCCUCAGGCCCACGUCGCGGGACAGACCCGCGAGCCUGAAGCGCGGAGGCUCGGCUUCCCUGGGCUCCGUGGCUGACAGUAUGACCUUGGUUUUGGCUAUGAACUCCUCUGGAGGAAGGAAGCAGGCAGGCGCGCGGCCCAGGGGGAGAAGGGCUCACAGACCCCAGGAACAGGAUGGAGAUGUGCGACUGUCCAAGGCUCUGUCCUAUGCUCUGCGCCACGGGGCCCUGAAGCUGGGGCUUCCCAUGGGGGCCGAUGGCUUCGUGCCCCUGGGCACCCUCCUGCAGCUACCCCAGUUCCGCAGCUUCUCAGCUGAAGAUGUGCAGCGUGUGGUGGACACCAGUGGGAAGCAGCGGUUUGCCCUGAAGCCGGGGGACCCCAGCACUGGCCUUCUCAUCCGGGCCAAUCAGGGUCACUCCCUGCAGGUACCUGAGUUAGAGCUGAUACCCCUGGAGACCCCACAGGCCCUGCCUUUGAUGCUUGUCCAUGGCACAUUCUGGCAGCACUGGCCCUCCAUCCUGCUCAAAGGCCUGUCUUGCCAGGGAAGGACGCACAUCCACCUGGCCCCAGGACUGCCUGGGGACCCUGGUGUCAUCAGUGGCAUGCGGCCAAAUUGUGAAGUGGCCGUGUUCAUCAAUGGGCCCUUGGCCCUGGCAGAUGGAAUCCCAUUCUUCCGCUCUGCCAAUGGAGUGAUCCUGACUCCAGGGAAUGCUGAUGGCUUCCUGCUUCCCAAGUACUUCAAGGAGGCCCUGCAGUUACGCCCUACCCGAAAACCCCUCUCCUUGUCUGGUAAUGAAGAGACAGAGUGUCAGAGUGGCCCCAAGCACAGUUCCAGAGGAAGGAUGAUCCAACAAUAAAAUAUUUAUUUUAAAAAAAGACAACAAAAACAGGACUCCAGUUUGUACCAUGAAUCACCUUGUA